AUGCAUGUCUGGUUCGUGUUUCUCAUUCCUCAAUUAUUCGCCGCCUCCAUCAAGGAGAAGGAAUCGGGGGAAGUGAAUCCCUUGACAGAGCUCCAUAAGGAGUUGGCUCAAAAAGCAGUAGAUGACAUGAAUGCAAAAUCGAAUGAUUUGUAUCGAUGGGACGUCUAUACGAUAGAUCAAGUUCAUCAACAAAUGCAUAAUGGUAUUCAAUACAAGAUGCACUUAACACUGGUACAAACAGACUGUCGGAAAACGGGAACUGAACUUACUCGUACCGACUGUAAACACACGGACCGACUGAAGAAAUGCACCGCUCAAGGUGAGCAUCGAGCUUGGGAGAACUACGAGAACAUCGAGAUUCGACAUUGUGAGCAGCCAUUCAAGCGAUCAAAACGGAUGGCUAAGACAUCGCAUGAAAAGCUCUACAGCAGUAAACGUGAAGCUUUGAAACGGUUUAGAAUCUUCAAGCGGAAUCUGAAGGCGAUUCGCACAUGGCAAGAAAACGAAAAGGGAACAGCCGUUUAUGGAAUCACUCAGUUCUCGGAUCUUUCACCUGAGGAGUUCAAGAAGAUCUACCUGCCAUACACUUGGGAACAGCCAAUUUACCCGAACCGAAUUGCGGAUUUGGCCGCCGAAGGAAUAAGUCUGGACGACCCACUGCCUGACUCAUUCGAUUGGAGAACGCAUGGCGCCGUGACAGCCGUUAAAAAUCAAGGCAAUUGUGGAAGUUGUUGGGCGUUUUCGACCACGGGAAACAUUGAAGGUCAAUGGUACCUGGCAAAAAACAAACUUGUAUCAUUGUCGGAACAGGAACUCGUCGAUUGCGAUAUCAUCGAUCAAGGAUGUAACGGUGGACUGCCAAGCCAGGCUUACAAAGAAAUAAUCCGAAUGGGAGGUUUGGAACCCGAAGACGCAUAUCCGUACGAUGGAAAGGGAGAGACAUGUCACAUCGUCCGCUCGGAAAUUGCUGUCUACAUCAACGACUCAGUAGAGUUGCCACACGACGAGGAUAGCAUGAAAGCGUGGCUGGUGAAGAAGGGACCAAUAUCAAUUGCGCUUCAGGAAAUUGCUGUCUACAUCAACGACUCAGUAGAGUUGCCACACGACGAGGAUAGCAUGAAAGCGUGGCUGGUGAAGAAGGGACCAAUAUCAAUUGGCAUCAACGCGAAUCCACUUCAAUUUUAUCGUCAUGGCAUUUCACAUCCGUGGAAAAUUCUCUGCGAACCGUUUAUGCUGAAUCAUGGCGUCCUCAUAGUCGGAUACGGUAGCGAGAAGAACAAGCCGUACUGGAUUAUCAAGAAUUCUUGGGGAACUAAAUGGGGAGAGGACGGAUAUUACCGGUAA